CAAAUUUUUUUAAUUAACACCUCGUUCUAUGUCAGAAGUUAAUACCAAAUGCAAUUAAAGCGCAGUUCAGAUUUCGGUAAUUAAUAUAUAUUUGAUUACUAAUUAAGCCAAGUGUCAAGCAAGAAAAAAAUCAUCCUGUAUAAAUUAAAGGGUACUGACGCAUAAUGGACUGUUAGAAUAUUGUUAAACGAAACAUCAUGCAGAUCAUUGUUGAACCAUCACUCCAAGAUCUAAUUCUUAGAAAAAUAGCAGUUUUUCUGUGGAACCGAAGAAAUGUUAAAUCUAAAAUACUUGAUUUUGUAAAAAAAGAUAUUAAGGCUGCAGAUUUUAAAUAUGAAUGGCGUAGUUUGGAAAUUGAAACAAAGGCGAAUGCUUCAUCUUUAGAUUUACCCGAACGAACGCUAAAAAAACUAUUGUUUGUAAUAAAGCCAAUCGGCCUCCAGAUAAAAGAUUGGGUCACUUCAGAAGAAGGUUGUCUUUUUGUUUCAAAACAGGAGUUGGACUUGACAGAAAUUGCCUGGACUCACUUAGGAAUAGUUGAUCGUCAAAAACAGGUCGCUACCCUCAUGAAAGACAAGACCAUUGAUAUAGCUCGAAGAUUCAAGUUGGCAUGCAAGUUUUGUUUGAACACUGAGUUACGAAAUUUAUGGAAAAGGAUGGGUGCUCGUAAGAAAAAAGACUACCUAUAUGAGUGCAACGGAUAUAGUAAAAUGGAUAUGUUAGUUAGAUAUUGGACGCUGAUGACUUCUGGACGAUUUUUAGUUUCAGACAUGCAUAGUUUUACCAUAAAUCAAGUUAUGUUUGAACAUGUUCAGUAUUCAAAAAACGUAAAAAACAUGGCCUAUUUUUGGGCUAAGAUGACUCUCAUCCAAAGGCGAGAAACCUUUUUAAAUUUUUUUAUGAAUAAAGAAGUACUGCAAAACUAUUCGGAUGGAUUUUGUUUUUUACUCACCGACUCCGAAGAAGAGCUAAAUUGGGAAGUUUUUGAAAAAUUCCCUUUGCAAACUAUGUUGUGUUUUUUAUGUUGGCCUUUACAACUCUACUUUAUUGAGAGUGCAAAGCAUAUAGUUCCUUUUCUUUCCGGACCUCAUUACGGUAUCAUACUGAACAACAUCAUCAAACUCGAUGGCUAUGAGGAGAUGCUUCGAGAGUUUUGGCUGACCGGAUCCUUAGAUCAGAGAAACUAUGCUAUAGAUCAUGUUCUGAUGCAUAGCAGCUUGAUGAUAGAUCUUUUGGAAUUUAACGAUCAAGAAUCACUUCUGCUGCUGGUGAGUGAGGCAACGCCGCAACAAAAGAGAAAACUUAUAUUUCCAGAUGAGUUGGGUUUUAUUCUGUGGGAUGUUUUAGUGUACGAGAAACGAUGGGAUGCUCUUAAAUAUUUAAUAUUUAUUUGUACAGAGGAUAGAAAUGUCUUGGAAGAAUUUGUUACAGAAUGUGUAGAAUUGCCAAAGUGUGCCAAUGACAUGAACAGAAUGAAGAAGUUUGGUUUUCUGUUGCAGACUCUUUGUUUAGAAGAAGAAUAUGUCAAUUUUUUCCACAAUCUGAUUUUUGAAUAUGGAGGAUAUCCUAUUGAAGAGCUUUCUGAUUCGCCUCCAGCUAAAAAACGGUGCUCAUAAAGUUAAUGUUUGUAUGGAGAAUGUGCUUUGAGCUUAAUUUAGAUUAGCGAAUUUUAUCUAGUGAGUCAGAAUGAAGAAAGAAAACUUUCGUAACUAAAUUUUAAUAUAUUCUUAACUAUUCGGAUUAAACGUUGCAAAAAAAUGUUGAUUAUGGACCAUAUUUGUGUAAGAAAAGAUUCCUAAACGGUGACAGUGAAUAACUCUUAUAAUAUGACACGUUAAUGUUUGAUUUAUUCGGAAGUCGAUGGAGCUCUAGUUCGAUGGGCAAAAUUGCAUUUUGUUGAAAUCCAGAAGAAGAAAAACAGAAAUUGAUAGAUGAACACUAAAAGAAAAUAGAUGAACACUGUGCAACAUUAUAAAUGAAGUUUUAUUAAUCGAAAAAAAGAUUAAUUUGUGUUUAAGUCUAAUAUUUUUCUCAAAGUUUUUGUAUUUGAAUAUAAUUUGCUAUUUUGUCCAGUGAAAUUGUUCUUGUCAACUUUCAAGCAUCUUAUAUUUGUAAAAAAUCUUUUAUCUGUUGAUGUUUUUAUAUGAAUCUUUUUGUUGUUUCGUAACUUAAAUAUAUAAUGCUGCAACUGGAUUAAGUAAUGAUGUGAAGUUGAUGUCAAUUGUUUAACACAAUGAAUAUCUACUAUGCGAACGCUAUUUCAUUGUUUAUCUUUUAAACUCUGAUGGUACUGUUGAUUGGGAGUUCUUAUCUUCUCUCUUUUGUGAUACAGUUUGUGAUGGUUAUAUGUAGUAAUCUGUAGCAAAUAUGAUACAUUGAUGUUAUGGUGCAUAUAAAAUAAAUUGAGGGUUUUUUAAUAUAAAGUUAACUUUUGAGCUUUAUUAGCUCAAGAUUUUUGUAAAUAAGUUAAUUUGGAAGAAAUUCUGUUUUUCAUUGUUUGGAGGCAGGGAUGGCAGUGGGGAAAAAAAACUAACAAAAAUCAUUUUGGACAAAAUAGGUUAUUUUUCCUAACCUAAGUUUAAGGAAUAGAAAAAAAAUUUCAAAAAGAAUUAUCAAAUAUUGAUUACAAUCUAGUUUAAAUAAUAAUUUUCAAGCUAUAUAAUACACCAUUUUUAAAUAUGUGAAAACCAAAAAGCAACAGUU